AUGAACUAUGCUUAUCCACCAGGAGUAGUGCCUGGCGCAGUAGGAUCUGUUCCAGAGCCCCCAAAAGUUGACUAUAGCGCUUACGCAACUGGAGCGUUUGCUGGCAUCCAAGCACAACCUUAUGGAACACCAGUACCUCAGAUGACCCCUAGCGGAACUGCUAUACCAUCC